AUGGACUUUGACAAUAUCGCAGUACAGCAGUCACAUCGACUUUUCCAGGUAUGGCUUCAAAAUCUGCUCAGAAACUCACCGGAAGAGUUGGCGGCUUCGCGGCUUACGAAUGGCGCUUUCAAUAUUUGUUACCGAGUCACAUUUGUAAAUGGCUAUCGCGUUGUUCGUUUUGUUGCCCCUGGCCGGGUUCUUGCUCGCAAGGAAAAGGUCGAAGAUGAGGUCGCUGUCAUGCAAUAUAUUUCGCAGUAA